AUGCCCCUGGACAACGUCGGCAACUACGACGAGACAUUCCUGGACCUCUGCGCCUACGCGAGCACCGGCGCCUACCUCGUGCCGAGCGACGACGUCGCGGUGCAAGUGCUGAUUCCCUUCGAGAAGAGCCCGCACAUCACGCUCCUCAUCUUCACGCUCGGGGGCAAGCUGCUGCGGAUCCUCGUGGGCAUCAUCGGCACCACGGACAUCGCGCCGCACCCCUUCCACCUCUCGUUGGUGAAGGACAAGACGCGCAUUGGACUUUUCCAGACGGACAACGGCUGGAUCACGCACCGCACGAAGUACGAGGGCUUCAAGGUCUACUUCGCCGACGACAACGUCCUGGGCAACUCCCCGUGCUGCCUGAACUUCGACGGCCACAAGUCCAACACGGACAAGGUCCCGGGCACGCUCGAGGACGAGGCCGUGCCCAUAUUGCUCCGCGAGAACCAGACCUUCGGGCACACGCCCCUGGCCCACUCGACCGCUAUCGGGACCCAGCAGGCGGAUUUGCCGCAGGGCAUCAUCCAGCGCGCCAAGGCCAAAUUCGCUGACCUGAUGCGCUCCCAGGUCCGCGGCUCCCUGAAGAAGCGCGGGAAGUACAAGGGCCGCGUCUCGACGGCGACUGAGGGCUGGCUCAUGUGGGACCCGCGGCAGACCAUGAACCGCGCGAAGCUCGACUUCGGGAACGCGCUCGGCAAGGGCGACGCCGCGGAGGCCGACGCGGGCGAGCGCUCCGCGGGCGCGCAGAACCUGGACCGGGCCAUGGAGAUGGCGCGCGCCGACGUCGAAGCCGUCGGCGGCGCCGUGCACAAGGCGUACACGCCGCCCGUCGACUUGGACGAGGCCGCGGCGGUCCACGUCCCGCGGCGUACGCGCGAAGACCGUGCGCAAUACGGACUGGUGGUCACGGACGACGACUACGUCAAGGCCAUCUCCUCAGAGGGCGCGCGCGCCCUCGCGGAGCGCGCCGCGGAGGCGGCGAAGGCCUCCAAGGUGAGCGAGCGCUGGGAGAAGCGCCGCGCCGAGAUCCGGGCCGUCGAGAAGCAGGUCGCCGACGGGGCGCCGCUCGAGAACCUGAAGGUGGGCCAGCUCAAGUCGCUGAUCUACGGGCGCACGGGGAGCGGGGCGAAGGCGUCGAACAACAAGGAGGGCGCCAUGCUCGCGGAGGCGCGCGUCGCGCUCGGCCGCGAUCUGAUGCUCCCGCCGACUCCGACGCGACGCGGGGCCGAGGAUUCGGCCGACGCUGCUGGCGACGGCUCCGACGGCGAGCUCGAGGACGGCGCCGACGACCCAUGA